UAAUAAAUUGGAAAUUAUAGUGAAAGAAUUGGCAGAAGCAGCAGAACUCUCUGGAGAGUCGUCCUUUGAGGUCAUCGUCUUCGCUAUUAUACUUGGAAUUCCCAGGAGCCAUUACUGUCCAUUAUACCUCCACAGCUACGACCGAGCCUGCUCUGAUUUGCUUUAUAUUGAGCUCCAUUUCCCUUGAUCUCAAGCAGCAGUAUUGUUAGGGCAUAAGGGGUUUGCUGAGAUGGAUGGAGAUUUUGAGUUCCCAAAUCUCGGAGGCGAGGAAAUGGGGAUGGGGAUGGGGAUGGGCAUGGGGAUGGGGAUGGGGAUGGGAAUGGGAAUGGGGAUGGGGAUGGGGAUGGGGAUGGGGAUGAAUGAUUAUAUGGGAGCUGAGAAUGACAUGGACCUUCCCGUAGAAGACCCUAUUCUGGCAGUUGGUGAAGAGGGAGAAAUCGGGAAGAAUGGAUUGAAGAAAAAGCUGCUCAAGGAGGGCGAAGGCUGGGAGUCUCCCAAUCCCGGCGAUGAAGUUGAAGUUCAUUAUGUGGGCACUUUGCUUGACGGGACUCAAUUUGAUUCUAGUCGUGACCGUGACACUCCUUUCAGGUUCAAGCUGGGCCAAGGGCAUGUGAUCAAAGGAUGGGACGAAGGUAUCGUGACUAUGAAGAAGGGUGAAAAGUCACUCUUCACUGUUCCACCUGACCUUGCGUAUGGAGAGUCUGGAUCUCCUCCAGCAAUACCUCCCAAUUCAACACUUCAAUUUGAAGUUGAGUUGCUGUCUUGGUCAAGUGUGAAGGAUAUAUGCAAGGAUGGAGGUAUAUAUAAGAAAGUGCUUGUCGAAGGAAAUGGCUGGUCGAAUCCUAAAGAUAAUGACGAAGUAUUUGUCAAGUAUGAAGCUCAGAUUGAAGAUGGAACAGUUGUUUCGAAAACAGAUGGAGUAGAGUUCACGGUGAGAGAUGGUUAUUUCUGCCCGGCUAUCUCCAAAGCUGUGAAAACAAUGAAAAAGGGGGAGAAGUCACUGUUAACAGUCAAGCCAGAAUAUGGAUUUGGUGAAAAUGGGAGACCAUCCAAUGGUGAUGAACUUGAUGUGCCGCCCAAUGCUACCCUUCAGAUUACGUUAGAGCUGGUCUCUUGGAAAACAGUUUCUGAUAUCAGUGGAGAUAGAAAAAUUAUAAAAAAGAUCCUAAAUGAAGGCGAUGGUUAUGAUCGUCCAAGUGAUGCUGUGACUGUGCAAGUGAAAUUGAUUGGCAGGCUUCAAGAUGGAACCAUUUUUGUCAAGAAAGGACAUGAUGAAGUACCGCCUUUCGAGUUCAAGGUUGAUGAAGAUCAAGUUAUGGAGGGACUUGAUAGAGCUAUAAAGACAAUGAAGAAAGGGGAAUUAUCACUUAUUGAAAUUCAUCCCGAGUAUGCAUUCGGGCAAUCUGAAUCUCCACAUGAGCUGGCUGUUGUUCCUGGAAACUCUAUUGUAUACUAUGAAGUUGAGAUGGUGUCCUUUGAGAAGGAAAAAGAAUCUUGGGAUAUGAAUACAGAGGAGAAGAUUGCUGCUGCAGGGGUGAAGAAAGAAGAAGGCAAUAAAUGGUUCAGAGCCGGGAAGUAUCAGAGAGCUUCCAAGAGAUACGAAAAGGCUGUAGGAUUUAUUGAUUACGAUCACUCCUUCAACGAGGAAGAGAAGGAAAGGGCCAAAUUACUGAAAGUGUCAUGCUACCUCAACAAUGCUGCUUGCAAGUUAAAACUGAAGCAGAACAAAGAGGCCCAGAAACUAUGCACUCAAGUGCUAGAAAUUGACGAUAAAAAUAUUAAAGCUCUUUACAGAAGAGCACAGGCAUAUAUGAAUUUGAUUGAGUUUGAAUUGGCUGAAAAUGAUAUAAAGAAAGCGCUCGAGAUAGACCCAGGCAACAGGGAUGUUAAAUUAGAAUAUAAAACCCUGAAGGAGAGAAGGAAAGCAUACAACAGAAAAGAAGCACAGUUCUAUGGGAACAUGAUCUCGAAAAUGAGCAAAUUGGAGCAACCUGAGCCUGCAAAUGUAGCUGAAAAGCAAGGGGUGUUCUUGACGGCGAUGAAUAGAGUGAAAAGAUUGAUAGUUGAGGCGGGGGCUUGGAACGAUGGAAUUGUAUGGUUAAUAUCAUCCCUGCUGAUAGUAGCGUUCGCCGUUGCGAUUUCGUGUGUUUACGUGAAGAACUAACUCAGGUAAGGUAUGUGAUGAUUUGCAGCACAACACGUUUGUUUGAGAUAGUGAAGUUUGUUGUUGUAAUUGUGCAAAAUAAUCUCUGCGGCAGCCUAUUUGAAGAUGUAAAUGUGUUUUUAUCAAAAAAGCAUGCAUAAUAAUAAGAUUCCCUGAUUUUCUUAAAUGUUACUUUGUCAUACAGUGAUGUUUUUAUGAGCCGAUGUAAGAUCCAUAAAGAAUAUAUAGAAAGCAAAUUAGAUAUAAA